GUCAUGGCGGUCGAUUCGAAAGUUUCCUUCAACUCGUACCUAUUUCGACACGAAACCACACAAAAAGUCUUUGAUUUGAUUUUAUUUGAUCCCAUCCCAUAAUGAGCUACACACCCGGAUACGAUGUGACCGAUCCCACUGUCCAGGUGCUCCGGGCAUCGGCCUUCAUGCAGAACGGGCCGGUGAAACAGGUGCGCAGCUUCGAGGAUCUGGACCGCUGGGCCCGCUCGCAGGCCUAUCACGAUACGAUUGCCUAUAUCAACCACACCAGCAGGGCCAUCCAGGGCCAUCGAUUGACGCGGGACUUGGACUUCCCGGUAUCGACGCAGAUGCGCCGUCUGUGCGAGAUCUUUGAUGGCCUGGAGCAUCUGCUGGUCGAGCAUUCGCCCAAGGCCGACGACUCGAAUAUAUCCGUUCCAGCCGGCCAAGUGAGGAUUCGAUCCUACCGCAUUUGGAUGGAGCACAUGUUCCAGCAUGUCUUCACCAAACUGGACGAGGCCAUCAACGCGAACUGCAAGCACAUCAACGAACUGGGCCAAUAUCUUCGACGUUCCUUUGGCAAUCCAUCCAGUCUGGAUAUCGGACCAGCCAACGAGCUCAUGUUCCUCUUCUUCCUGUGCGGCCUCUUCCGCUCCGGCAUCCUUGAGGCCCAGGACACGGUUGCCGCCGCCCUGCUGCUCUUCGAUCGCUAUACACACCUGGUGCGCCGCGUCAUCGCCACGUACUCCCUGCGGAUAACCAAGGAUCCCAUGUGCUCCAUCGAUGACUACUGCUUUCUGCCCUAUCUUUGGGGAGCAGCCCAGCUCUCGCUGGACAGUCCCUUUUCGCCGAUGCAGUGCGACCAGGCCAAGGUGUUGGAUAACCACAGGCAUGACUACAUGAUGCUGGAUCUGGUGGAUCAUCUGCAAAAGACGCGCGGCGGCCAGUUGAGCCAGGUGGCCUUUCAGCUGUGGAGCCUGCUCUCGGUGCCCACCUGGCCGCAGGUCUACCGGGGUCUCGAGAGGAACUACAUCGACAAUGUGCUCUCCUCGUUCGAAACCGUGGAGCAGGUCAUCUUUUGCGAACUGAUGUCCUUUGAGGCCACCGAGGUGACCAAACAGUUGGAGCGGGCAUAUUUGGGAGCCCAGUACGUGGAGCGUCGGGAGAACGAGGAGGAUUUGCAGCAGGCGCAGGGAGCACAACGUUCGCCAUGUCUGUGGGAGCCAUCGCUGCCGGUCAGCAGAUAUGUCAGCAUGGAGCCGGAGUCCUUCCUCGGAUUUCAGGAACCCAAAGGUCAUCGGAUGUCGGACGACAGCGAGGACGAUCGCCUCUGGAUGAUGCGACAGGCUGUGGAUGAGAACGGGGCCAGCCCUAUGUUCUUCCCGGAUCGGACAGAUACCCAAAAUGACUCUUUCACUUCGUUCACCAAUAAUGGUCCCUAAAAUGUCAAUCCAAUUAAUGCAUAUAAACUUGUAAGG